GUAGCCAGUAUCCCUGAAAGCCGUCAUAAUGAAGUUGUUAGUUCUUGCUGUAGCCUGCUUGGUGGCGCUGGUUGCCGCGGAGGAGCCAAUCGUGCUCCAUUACCAUGAGAACAUUGGCAUCAAGCGCGCGGAGCAGAUCCGUCUAGCCGAGCUGGCGGCGGACUUCGACGGCAGCAGGAUCACCGGCGGAUCCACGGCCUCGCUCGGCGAAUACCCCUACAUGGGCGGUUUGGUUAUUGCUAUGACCACCGGGCAGACCUCCGUCUGCGGUUCCUCGCUGCUGACCAACACCAAGCUGGUGACCGCCGCCCACUGCUGGUGGGACGGCCGCAACCAGGCGCGUCAGUUCACCGUCGUGCUCGGCUCCGUCCGCCUCUUCUCCGGCGGCACUCGCAUCAACACCAACAGAGUUCAGAUGCACGACAACUGGAAUCCCAGGAACGCCAACAACGACGUCGCUGUCAUCACCAUCAACUGGGUCAACUAUAGCAACAACAUCCGUAACAUCGGCAUGGCUUCGGGCAGCAACAGCUUCGCCGGCACGUGGGCCUGGAUUGCUGGCUUCGGUGUCACUGGGGACGGUCACAACAUCGGCAACAACCAGGCGCUGUCGCACGCCCGCGUACAGGUCAUCACCAACGACGUCUGCAGAAACACGUACGGCUCCUCAAUCGUGGUUGCCUCAACCAUCUGCAUCAGCGGUGCCAACCGCGUCAGCACCUGUGGUGGCGACUCUGGUGGCCCGCUUGUCGCCAACAACCAACUUAUCGGUAUCACAUCGUUCGGCUCCCCGCGCGGCUGCCAGCAGAACCUGCCCGCUGGUUUCGCUCGGGUCACCUCCUUCAACUCCUGGAUCUCCGCCCGCCUUUGAUCGCCUUCUUCUGACAACUGCCUAAUAACUCAAUAAAAUUGA